GCAUUCAGUGUCUUCGGAGCUCCGGUUCCGUGCGUUUCGUUUGAUAUCAUAUCACAGUAACCGUGUGCGCGGUUCCGCGGCGCCGCCGUCGCGCGUCAAAUCCAUCAUCGCCGGUGCGGUUGCGUUAAUGAUAAUAAUAAUAAUAGUAAUAGUAAUAAAUUUAAUUAUAUAGGUUGGUACCUGCUAUUUUGUUUUUCGCCCGUCGUCGCCGAUUUUGGUGUUUUAGUUUUCGCGCCGCCGUCCGCCUUUGUACGCCGCCGUCUCCGUCUCCGUCCGCCGUUGUUUUCGUGAAUAAUAUUAUAUUAUAUUAUUAUUAAUACUUCGAUAAAAUAGUUCGUCUUUCGUGUUUCGCGUACCGACCGAGUGCGUCUCGUCAAAACAGUGUGCGUUCGGUUCGCCGGCUCGACCGAAGUCGUCGUGAGAUCUGUACCGUCGCCAUCGCGGCAAAUUCCGAAAAUCCGACGUCAGGCUUCCGGAGGAUAUUUUACUCGCAGCAGGAUCCGAACGCUCGAGGUGUUACCCUCUAUCGAGAAUCACGCUACAGACGCAUAAUAUUAUAUACCCGCGUCAUUUAUUGUAGCGUACAAUAUGACUAUGACUGUCGGAGUCGUUCAAUACCGUCCAACAUAACAUGAGCAAACAGAUCAUUACCCAAAGACAAUGAUGCCGUCACUGAACAACAGAAUAACGGGACAAAAGCAUCAUGUUUAACAGAAAUGUUUUCAAACACCAAUGAUCAUAAACAAAAUUUAACACAAGAUUAUCUUAUCAACUAUUUGCGUUCAAGACUUUUACUUUCAAGUGUAAUGUCAUCGAAACGUAAAUCGCCGCCGUCCAAAUUGCUGGAGAACGCCACGAGCGCACCGGACACGACAACGACGGCCGAGACGACGGUUGCAGCGACCGCGGUCGAAGAUAACGGUAGCGGCAGCAGUAGCGGCCACUCGGACGACGGUUACGCGUUCAGCAACGGUACCGAAGUCGCCGACAACAGCGAAACGACCACCAUGGAAACGGCCACGGCCACCGCGUCGGCCGUGCAGACGACGGACAGGAGCUGCGGCAGCAGCCCGGCCGUGGCCAACAGCCCCCCGCCUUCGUCGGCGGCCACGCGGCCGGCCAGCAGCAGCGGCGGCACGUCGCCGUCGCCGUCGUCGGACAGCGAGAACAGCAGCAGCGGAGGACGGUACGCUUCCGGUUCGUCGCCCGUGGGCGGCAGCGGCCGACCGUCGUCCAGCAACGGCAAACGGCAGCGCACCGAAAGCCCCUCGUCCGCGGCCGGUUCGGCCGCAGCGGCUUCCGCGGCCGCCGUCAGAGUGUCGCCGUUCGCCGCGUACGGCAGACAGCACGCCACCGGAUCGCCGCCCCAACACCAGCCGUCCUCACAUCCGCCGCCGCACAUCGCAUCGUUUUUGACGCUCAACCACAGCGCCGCUUUCUACGAGACGGCCGUCGCCGCGGCAGCGUACGAACGAGCGUUCAUGAACGCCGGCGGCCAUCACGCUCAGCAGCAGCAGCAGCAACAGCAACAGCAACAGCAGCAACAGCAACAGCAACUUCCGGCCUCGUAUCAUCACAUGAUGGACAACGUCCAGGCGGCGAUGGCCGCCGGUUCGUCUUAUUUCGACAUUGAACAGCGUCUGCUCCGCAAAGGCGGCGCCGACGAUGCCGAAAAACUCGCUCAUCUAAUGCACCUGAACAACAACACUUUCAUGCACAACCACAACAACAACAACAACAACAACAAUAACAACAUGAUGUCUCCGGUCGGCGGACCGGCCGCCAAGCGGACCAUGGACGACGUGCUCAAGAAACUCUCGUCGAAAAAACACAUCAGAGACGAACACGGCGUACCGGUGUCCGGCCGAGCCGAGUCGCCUUCGCCCAAAACCAGUAAACCGGAUAUUGGCACUCUGACAGAACACGGCGAAGAUCCUUCAGGAGCUCCUCCAGGCAUGGAGCUACUGCAACACUUACAAGGCGAUACCACUACGAUAGUCGAAAAAGAACGCAAACUAUCAGAGAUGAUAUUGCAGUUGCAAUUGUUUCGAGAACAGCUCCUUACCCAACAAGAUCCGAACAAGUUCAACCCCCUGAAAGGUAUACCAAGCCUCCCGAACCCUCAGUCGCUGUUCUUUCUGCCUUUAUUGGACCAACUCCGAGGCCUGACGCACUGUUCCAACGCGGCGGCGCUGGCCAGUCAACAACAGCAGCAGCAGCAAACCUCCACCACGACGGCGUCCUCUAAUUGCAAUGUCAUGCCGACAGCCGUUUGGUCCAACAACGGCCGACCGCCGUCCACGUCGUCAGCCAGUCAAUGUUCCAUACAACUACAACAGGAACAACAGCAGACACCGCCGCCGGUCCAAGCACAACAACAACUGCAGCAUCAGACAACGACCGCUGACCCGGACGCGCCAUUGAACCUGACCAAGCGCAAGUCACCCACGCCGCAACCGCAUCCACCGUCGUCAACGACUCCGCAACACCACCUCCAACAUCUCCAACAGCAGCACCACCAACAGCAACAGCAACAGCAGCAACAUCAUCAUCUCCAGCAACAGCAGCAACAACAACAACAGCAACUGCAACAUCAACUACAACAACAAGCCAACAACAUGUUCGCGCCGAGGAGUUCGGGCGGCGCCGGUUGGAACUCAUCGUCUCAUUCGCCUCCAGCCACCACGCCAGGAAAUGCCAACAGGCGAUCUGGUUCCGGUCAGGGAUUGGUUAGCCCACCAGCCGCGGCCACGCCGAAACUCCUUCCGCCACCCAUACCGGUACCCAGGGGAUUCAUGCCGUACGCUGGCAUACCACAGCCUCCUCCGCCGCACCACUCAUCCACCGGUGGCAAACUAAGCCUAUCGCCCUGUAAGGACAAGAUGUCAUCAUACGCAAGAUUCCAAAUGUGUCCACCUCAGCUCCACAUAGAGGAUCAUUCCGAAUCCAUGGAACUAUCUUGGGGACCCAACGAUUCAAAUUUCAAACUUACCGAUGAUACUAGUGACAGAGCAGGUCGUAUGUUGCGGCAGCAAAAGAAAGAUGGCGAGCACAUCAAAAGACCGAUGAACGCGUUCAUGGUUUGGGCCAAGGACGAGAGGCGAAAGAUCUUGAAAGCCUGUCCCGACAUGCACAAUUCGAACAUUUCGAAAAUAUUAGGUGGCAGGUGGAAGUCAAUGUCGAACCAGGACAAGCAGCCGUACUACGAGGAACAGUCCAGGCUGUCCAAGCUGCACAUGGAAAAGCACCCGGACUAUCGGUAUCGACCCAGACCGAAACGGACGUGCAUCGUGGACGGCAAGAAGAUGCGGAUAUCCGAGUACAAGACGCUGAUGCGGCAGCGACGGAACGAGAUGCGGCAGCUGUGGUACAAGGGCGAAGGGGCCGGUCCUUCCGGUUCCGGGCUGGACGUGGCCGGCACCAGUUUCGGGUAUCCGCCCGACGGGUCCAUAUCGCCGGACUUGUACUCGCCGGUCAACUCGCCGCCGUUCGGCGGUGACAGUCACGACGAGGACUAGACGAAGCGGCGGCCUCGCUUUAUGUUUACAUAUUGUGUCGCUCGCCCGGCGAAGUGUACUCGUACCAACGAAAGUCGACGACGCCAUCCACCGCGUUACUCAUAAGACAUCGCUAUCGGUCCACUGCUGCAGCGAAGCUAUACCGCGCGCGGUCAUCGGUGCGAUCGGUGUAAUCGACGCCCACAACAAUUCCUCCACGCCACGUCCACGACGACCGGUGAAACAGGCCAGUACCCCCAUGACUACCGACAGUACCUGUAUAUUGUAUAUUGCACUAUAUAUAAUAUGAAGUGUGUUAGUAGAUGUAUGGAAAUAGUCAAAAGUAAACCCCUCCUCCUCAUAUGUAUGAUUUUUUUUUUUUUUUUUUUAAUAUUUUACCGUGUAAAGAAAAGUGUAUAAAUUUUUAUUAUUAUUAUAAUUAUUACUAUGAAUUUUUUUUUUUUUUUAUUAUUUCACGAUAUUAUUAUAUUGUAUAGUUAAACGAAAAAGCCGAAGAGAAAAUGCCCAAAAAAAAAACCAAAAAAACAAAAAAAAAAUUACCUACAUCGCGUUUAUGAUAUUAUAUGUGUUAUGUAUAUUUUUUAGCGGUUAUAAUAUAUAUUAUAUUUUUAGCCGCUGUCGAGUACGUAUACAAUAUAUAAAUUAUUAUUAUAUGUGUAUUAUUUUAUAUAUACAUAGCUUAAAAAUAUUGAAUGUAGGAUUUCUUUUGCACCUGUAUUAUAUAUUAUUAUAUUGGUACGUUAAUUAUUUUGUACAGACAUAACUUAGUAUAAUAUCGAUUGUAUAAUUUAUCGAAAAAAUAUGUGAAAUUCCGAAAAAAAAAUAAAGAAAAAACAACAAAAAAAAAAACGUCGUCUUAUAGCGGUGUUACUGGUGUGAUGUGUGUGUGUGUGUAAAUAUGAUAUUUUUUUGUGAUAACGUUUCAUUACCUAUACACAUAUACGCGCGUGCGAACGCUCUUGUCGCGCGUAAUAUAUAUGUAAUAAACUAUAAUAAUGUCGCGUGUGUAGGCGUAUCGCGCCUAUAUAUACCUGCAAUUACCUAUGCAUAGUGAUUUCGUGAGUAGGUUAUAUCUUUAUAAUAUUAUUAUAAUAUAUUAUGUGUCGCACGAUGACGGAUCGAGCGCGGUGACAGAAUAGUAAAUUAAUUUAUCGAAAUUAUUUAUAUAUAUAUAUUAUAUAUAAGUAGCGAGUAGUGCAUGGAAGCAUAAACGUAUAAUAUUUUAAUAUAUUAUAAUACUUUUUUUUUUCUCGAACUGGGACGAGAGACGUGCUUGGUAUAAUAUAUAAUAUAAAUAUAGUUUUUGGUACAUAUACUUAGGUACCUAUAUAAGUGCGGAUGGUCGGCAUCGUCGGUUUUAUGAUCUCUGUUUUUAUUAUUAUAUGUUUAAUUUUUAUCGUGUUUUAAUUUUUUUUUUCUCACUAAAUAUAACGAUUUUUUCUAUUCGUAUUUUGUACAUAGUUUUGAUUCAUUCGAAAUCGG